CCACCCUCACCACAUGCAUCGACAGUGAUGCCCCCAGUCACCCUUCAACCAUGGACAGCAUUCCCCCCAUCAACAGUGCGAUCUUCAACAGCCUUCCCCCCAGCCCGUUCAUCCACAGAAUUCCCCCCAGUCCACCCAUCAUCAGCAUUCCCCCCAGCUUCACACUGUCCAUUGGCAGCAUUCCGCCCAGUCCGUCCAUCAUCAACUACAGUGGUGCCCACAGCAGCCCAUCUUCCAUCAUGCACUGUUAGUCGCCAUCAUCCAUACACUGCAACAACUGCUGCUGCAUUGUCUGCCCCUUCUACACGUGGUGAAGUAGCUAUUAGGAAUGAGGAAGCUGUAAUGUCAUAUAAUCAGAGGAACAGCAUAUCCAAACAGUGGCGUGAACUUGCCCACAGGACUCAGGGACCAGCGACAAGGCCAACAACCCCCCCCCUCCAGAGGAGCAGCUCCAAGUGGCAAUCCCCCCUCCACCAGAGGGGGAAGGGAACUAAACCAGUUCCCUCAAGAGCUGAACCAGUUCCCCCUCAUCAUAGUCAUAGUCCCAAGCACACGCCCACUAUCAACCACUUCCCACCUGAGGUAGUCUGCUAUUUCAAAGGUAUUGGAGCUUUAUCCGGAAAAGGUUAUUAUCUCAGACCAUACCCCAACUACUUUGGUGGUGGUAGUGGCAGUGGAAGAGUAUUGGAUUCUCCAUCUGGAUCUGCGCCACCUCAUAAUGCGUGUGGUCUUUUGAUGAGGGAAAGUGAGAGGAGAAGGACAUCAAAGUGA